AUGGAUAAAACCAACUUCACUGACUCGGUGGUGUGUGAUUCGAGACUCUCCAAAUCACUGCCACCGAUCAGCACCGACUUUAGGGGCCUGAUGUGCCAGAACCAAAGAACCGGCAAACGGUCGAACGGAACCAAAGGAGCAGGGAGAAAAAACAAGAGCAAAUCCCGAGCGAAGGUGAAGGAGCAGAGCUGGGACUUUGAGAGCGCCUACAUGUCCCUCCUGGGCGAGUCACAGGACGAAAGCACCGAUUUAAACUCUCCAGAACUGAAAUGUCCCAGUGCUGGUGUUAGACUUUCACCAUCUUCACCUGAUGGCAACUGGCUGAAGACGUUUAACAGUCCAGCUCCAGAGCCAGAGUUAAAACAUCAGACUCUUUCAGAUGUCAGUGCUGCGCCACCCUCAGCAUCUGACACACGAGGGGACGAUGAAGACGAAUUCUACGUUUCUGAACUGCUGAAGCAGAAAAGGGCAGAACGCCAACUAAAGGGGAACAAACCCAGAAGGCGUCAGUCCAGUCUCAUACCUGCUCCUCUUCUUCUCCAGAGUCUUGUGCGCCUGGAACCAGAGCAGGUCAGCAGUGAGGCGGUAGAAAGCUCUGGACAUUUGGAGGGUGGCUCACCAGGAGACAAUGAAGUUCCUGAAGUCCCAGAGCCAGAAUUAAAAAGUCCCAGUCCUGCACCAGAUGGUUGCCCAUCACCAUCUUCUCUGGACGACAAGUCAGACUCAUAUGAAAGUGACUUUGACAGUUUCAUAGAGUCAGAACUUCCUCAGAUGCUUUCAAGAGAUGACAGGUCAACAUCUCUCUCACUUAAUGAGUCUGAACCUCCCGCUGACAGCUUUGUGCGCUUGGAAGAAGAGCAAAAGUCUGUGGAAAAGGAGAUGAAGAAAGAGACAGACUUGUCGGGUUUGGAACAGACUUCUGCUCUGGAUCAGAGUUCUGAGGAUUCCACACGAGGGAAGAACCUAUGCUCGGAUACUGGAGUAAAUUAUAAUGAAGAGAUGGAGACAGAUCACGAGGAAGAUGAGAAGAACGAUGAUGAGGGGAAGGCGGAGCGCGGAGAAACGCAGGUGCACCGCUCCAGUGUUUCACCUGCCUCGUCCGUUUCAUCUGACGCUCCCGAGCCUCACGACGCGACAACAUCUCGUGUGACGAAGAACUCGGAAGCGUCUGAAGCAUUUCUAGAGUCACUGAAGAGACGUGAGGAAGAGGAGGAGAGACGUCUGAAGGCCGAGAGCGAAGAGCGACUGGAAACUCUCCGCCGGUCGCUGCUGACGAAGAGGAGAGAGGCAGAAGCCAGACUGAAGGAAGAAUCCAAAAGACAAAUACAGGCUCUCCAAGCAAACUUGAAAGCCAAACGUGAGAGACAAGAAGCAAAGUUCAGGGAGGAGGAGAGACGGAUGAAGGCUGAGAACGAACAGACACUGGAAACUCUUCGUCAGUCUCUGUUGGCGAAGAGAACAGAGGAGGAAGAAAAACUUAAGAAGGAACACGAGAAAAAUCUGGAGCAGUUCAGAGUAACGCUCCAGACAAACCAGAAAAGAGCAGAAGAAGAAAUCCGGCAGGAGGCGAGGAGUCUGAAGGCGAAGUACGUCAACAGACUUGAGACUAUCCGUCGGACUUUGUUGGAAAGGACCAAGGAGGAAGACCGACUCAAGGAAGAAUCUGAGAAGACCCUCGAGAGACUCGGAGAAAAGCUCGACACUGAACAGAAGAAACAGGAAGAAAAAAUAAGGAAAGAAAACGAUGCCUCCCUUAAGGUCCUCAAAACAAAAUUCCAGAAACAGCAGGUUGAGAUGAAGAACAAACUUAAAUCCAGCAACAAAAUAAAGCUGGACGAACUGCGGGCUCAGCUGGAAGACGAGUUCGAGUUCGCGGCAGAAAAGCAAAGACUCCAGAAAAACAAGGACGAAAAACUAAACUCUUUCGUAGAACACCUGGAAGAAGAGAGUAAAGCCCUGAUGAAGGCCAAGCGUGAUGAGAUGAUGCAGCGCUUCGGCAGAAAGCUGGCUGAACGAUUCCAGAAGGAACGUCAGGAGAUGGAGCAGGAGCACGAGAAGAAGUUGGGGAAGCUUAGGGAGAAACACCGGAAAGAGAGAGGAGAGAUCAGGGAGAAACUUUUGAACGAUUUUAGAGACGAUAAAGAGAAGCUGGACUCGUCUCAUGUCCUCGAUUUGGAAAAACUGAACCUUCGGCACCAGGCGGAAGUUCUCAAGAGACAAACAGAAAUCGCAGCCAGAGAAUAUGAGCUUCUGAAGGAGGCGAAUGAGUUGGAGAAAAGACGCUCUGAGCUCACGAGCCAAAACGUAAUUCUGAAAGCGAAGGAGGAUGAUCUGUAUCGAAAGAGGAAAGAUUUAGCAGCUGAAGAUGGAAAGCUGGAGUCCCUGCCCGGUUUAAUCCGUGAGCGGGACUCGCUGAAGGAGGAGCUGCGAAGAUUCAGAGAGCUUCAUCGCAAGAUCGGGGCCUUUAAGAGCGAAAUAAACACACGGCGAAGGGACGAGGCGGAUCCCGGAGACGAGGAGCCGAGGAAGAGCAGGGAGCACGGGAGGGACGGCGUGGAGACGAGGCUCAACCUGCUGCAGGAGAAACACGAGCGCCUCAACGCCAGAGUCAGACAGCUCCAGGAAAACGCUGCUAAACCAGUACAAUACUCAGAAGUUAAACCACAGAGCGACCUUUUUGAAGCGGGAGAUUCUCCUCACAAGUGGACUCCAUCCAAACAUCUCACGUCUUCAUGUUGGGAGACUUACACCGAGACAAAAACCUCUAUACUGACCACGUCCCUCCUCUGCAAUAACGCAGACCUCAGGGUGACUCGCUCCAGGUGCAGACUUUCAGAGUUUGGAACCAGAGGGUUAUUUCUUCACUCUACGCUCGGUGAUCUGCAGCGUCUCGAUUGGGGCGCAGGAAGAGCCACGUUUCCUGCGCCUGUGUUCUGA